AUGAUCCUCCCUGGCCGCGCUCUCCUCACCCGCGCCAUCAUCCGCAACGUCCAAAAUCCGGCCCUGCAAGUCCAACCCUGCGGUGUAGACCUCACACUCAGACGAGUGCUUACCUGGACAUCGCCAGGAACCAUCGAUCUAGAAAACCAGCGUCGCCAGACCGCGUCUACAACUGAAAUCCCCUUCCCCGCGUCAAGCAGCACUAGUCCAGAGGAACGCUUCCUUGAUCUCCCGCAGGGAUCCUACCUCGUCGAGUUCAACGAGACAGUCUCUGUCCCUCUUGACCUCAUGGGCCAGAUCUUUGUGCGCAGCUCGCUGUUUCGAUCUGGCGUGCUGCUGAGCGCCGGUGUUAUGGAUAGUGGUUACGUUGGGGCGGUUGGGGCCCUGAUGCAGGUGCUCAAUCCUGCUGGGCUGAGGGUUUAUCCUUCGGCGAGACUCGCGCAGUUUGUUUUUCACCAGAUGAGUGAGGAGGUCGAGGGGUAUCGGGGGGUUUACCAGGGGAGCACGACGCUCUGA